GUGGUCGCAUACUGCUGUUCUUCUCUUCUCAUCUUGCACAAAAUCCCGAUUUCAACAGCGGCUACUGCGCCCUCUACUGCUUCCUAAUACGGCAAGCUAUGACAACCAAGGCUGUAACAGCGACGGGAACAGCGAUAGUGUGGAUUGUCUGAAGACAAGAGACAAAGCGAGGAGAAACAACGAAGCAAAGCGACGAGGAACCGAGAGAUGCUGCACAUGAAGACGUUUCUUUCCGGCCGGAGUAGCGGCACAGUCCGGGGCCUGGCCUGCGCCGCCGGACUGAUCGCGCUCACCACCGCGGGAUACUGCGCGUAUCGCAGGCUGAAGAGGAUCAGCGACCUUCGAGCUCCUGAACGGGAAGCUGCUCAAGGAUCUGUUUUAGGUGUUGAUGUAGAGGAAGUUCUCGUAUGCACCGAAGAAGUCCCUCAGACAUCAGCUGUUGUCCUGGUCACUGAGACAAAUCCCCAGCUCCUGGACACCAGCCUUGACCCUGAGAAGUCAGCUGUCAUUCUGCUCUCACAUCACCAUGGCACACGUCAGCUGCACCCUGCCUGGCAGAACAUCCAGUUCCUCUCCUCACAGUCCUGCAGCUUCGUCUCUGAGUCCCUGGAGGUACACAGGUACAUCGCGUGCUUGGUGAGAGGUCCAGAAGUCCUGCUGUGGUGGAUCACCACCACCACCAAAAUGUCCAGCAAUCAUUGGGGAGCCUUUAACGCCACCACUCGGGAGAACUCGAUCACCUGCAUACAGCGAGUCUGCGGGAGCGUGAGAGCGCUGGUGUCCUGCCAUCACGAGGAGACGACCAUCCACGUGCCGUUCGAGGAUGGCGAGCAAACCAUUUACCAGGUGAGUCGCUCGUACCUUCGCGUGGACGUGGACGGUCAGGUGGACAUGUCCCAUGAGGAGGAAGGAAGUUUCUUCACUCCUCAUGCUGACUUUGACGUUCAGUCAGAAUUUGAGGAAAGUGACGUGGAACUUCCACCUGAGGAGCAGGAGGUGCCCUUCAUCAGCUUGUACCUCACAGGCCGUGGCAUCACAGACCUCGUCCUGAAGCUGCCUGCCGUCCGCGAGGCGUUCUCUAGGAUGAUGGCCAGCAUCCAUAACAAGAACUUCUUGUACGUGGCUGGCAAGCAGAUCUUGAUGCGUCUGGCAACAGCCAACAAACAGGAUCCGCGCGGCGUACAGAGGGCAUACGACGAGGUGAUCCGAUUCCUGAGAGAGCCUUCCUAUCAGGAAACGAUCGAGGCGGAGGUGCUCGAUGCUCAGCUGUACCACUUCAACCUGCUGGACGUGUUCUUCGAACUCGUCUUCUUCGGCUGCUUAAUCAACGGCUUGCCGCCUGAAGCUUUGGACGGGGGAUUCUUGCAGCAUGUGUUCGAUAUGAACAGCCAGUGGGACGUGGACAUCAGGGAGCCUGAAGCAGAGCAGCUCUUUUUGCUGCUUUCCUUAAAGCUGACAAUGCUGCUUGAGGAACUUUUCUCGCAGCCUCUGGACCUGUACAGUGACCCAGCAGCUUUAGCCACCGCAGUGCAACGACUGGUGAAGGAGCGUGUGCAGGAGAUGCUGAAGGCCAUGGAGGGAGUCUGAGCAACACCACACUCCUCUGGCGCACACACACACACACACACACACACACACACACACACACACACACACACCUCUGUCCCUGUUUUCUUUCCCUUUCUUUCUCUUUCUCUUCAUUUCACUAUCUCUACAGGUAAGUACUUAUUACGCUGUCUUACUGUGUACACAUUUAAACAUGUCUUUCUUUUCUUCUCUCCCUGAGCAGCUACACAAUACACAACAUCGACGGCCUGGCCUCUAACAACACCACCUGUUAGUUUGCUCUCCGACUGCACAAACACCUGCAGCUCCAACAC